AUUAUUCCACGAGGUUGACGUCAGAUUUUUUUAUAAAACUUAUGGGGAAUAAAAGAUAGAACAUUGUUUAUUGUCCACAGUUUUAUUCAAAAACGUCUUAAGUGACUUACUGUGAGUUUCUGCAAAUACCAAAAAUGAGUAAAAGUGCAACGUUACCAGGUCUCGAGAAAUAUUCCCAGGCAGCAGACACAUCAGCCCCAGAGAGUUAUAGAAAUUAAAAAUUAGAAGAUUGCGUUUUUUUUCAAAGGAAAAAUUAAUUCCAUAUACCAAGGCUCACCCUAGGCCGUGGAGUCAAAGAUGAUUGGUUGUGGUUGUAACGGGUCGGGAUCUACCCAUCCACGGGCUUUGAGGUACACUCAUCCCAGCUCAAAGUUGACACUUGCUCAAAGACAAUUUUAUGAACGAAAUGGAUUCAUUGUCGUAAGAAAAAACGUUAGCCCUGAAUUAAUAGAAGUUUUGAAUCAGAGAUUUAUUGAUAUUUGUGAAGAUCGUGCCGAUGAUAUGCAAUGUUUCGUUAUCAAAGACCCAGUACUAAGGAAAAAAGGUUUAAAGGGAGAGGCGGUCAUGAACAAGCUUCAAGAUUUUGUCUUUGAUCCAGUUUUGAGUCGUUACUGUAUGGAAAAGAGCUUAGUAGAUGCUGUGGAAAAUAUAAUCGGACCAAAUAUAACAGUUGCUCAUUCCAUGCUUAUCAACAAGCCUCCAGAUACAGAUCCAGAUAUAUCAAGACAUCCUAUGCAUCAGGAUCUUCAUUACUUUCCCUUUAGACCAGCUGACAAAAUUGUUGCUUCCUGGACAGCAAUGCAGAGAGUGGACGAAAAUAAUGGAUGCCUUUUCGUAGUACCUGGAUCCCACAUUGAUAAUCCUUUGUUACCACAUAUAUAUCCUGAGGGUAAAAAUAAUGCCAUGUACCACGGAGUACAAAAUAAGGACCAUCUACCCAAACAGUUUGUGGUAUUAGAUAAAGGUGAUACUGUGUUCUUCCAUCCUUUACUGUUGCACGGGUCUGGAGUAAAUCGCACAAAAGGUUAUAGACGAGCUAUAUCAUGCCAUUUUGCGGAUACAAAUUGCGAAUUUAUUGACGUCACAGGAACACUUCAAGAGAAUAUUAGAAAAGAAGUUGAAACCAUAACUAUCAAACGUGGAAUGCCAAUGUCUUUCAUAGAUGUAUGGAAAAGUAAAAGUAGGUUAGUCCGGGGGCCACCUGGAAAUUUCCAAAGAUACGACAGUCAUCUUUAGUAACGUGCCUUUAUCAAAGAAGUUGCUAUUUUUGUAUCGGAGUAAUAUUUUUUCAGAUAAUCCAAUUAUGGGUUUGCAUAAUUAACUUGUUUUAGAUAUUGUAGCCAUAAUGUGUUAAAAAAGGUAUUUGGAAGUAUGUACUGAAAAGUCAAAAGAGAUUGCAGAGUUGACUGUUAAUCUCAGUCUUUAGUCAUUACUCUGGAAUAUCUCUAAAAAUCAUAUGCAUGAUGAGCUUGCACUAGCUUGUCAAUUAAAUUGUCAAAUUAUUUAUUAAAAUCCUUUAUAAGGUAUAUUUAUAUUAAAAAGACCCUUUCGGGCAGACCCUACAGAUUGUUUUCGACAUAAAAAUUUCAUCAUCAGCGCUGCUAACCUGAAAUAAGUACAUAUAAUCACUUAUAAAUGCAAACAUGAAUAUUAAAUUUUGACUAAGGUUAAAAAUACAUAAGGAUUAUGCUUACAGGUGUACCUACAUGCUUGAGCCACCAAAAUAUAUGGGUAAAAAUCCUUUGAAUGUUAUGAACUUGUAGAAAAGUUACAUGUUCACAUAAAAUAAUAUGUGAUGUUUAAAAUACUCAGGGGCGUCAAUUCAAAUUUUGAUUGAGGGGGGCAAGCACAAAAAGCAAAAUUCGUUGUUACCGAAUUUUUCUUUUUUUUUCGAAGCUGCUAUAUUGUCAGUGAUACGUAUGAUUUCAUUCAGAGAUGGGUAUUUAUACAAAAAAAAAAAGUUUUUACCGCUCACCGGAAUAUCAAAAUGAUUUAAUUGAUGUGUAUUCUUCAAGACUGCUGAAAAAUAUUAUCACAAAAGGUAAUCAAGUCGAAUUCUUUGCUAUAAUGGCUGAUGAAACCAAAGAUACAGCUGAAACCAAAUCGGAACAGCUUGCAAUUUUAAUCCGUUAUGUUGAUGCUGAGGGCACAAAAAUUUAUGAACGUGCUAUCGGGCUGCACCAUCUUAAGGACUGUGGUGCCGAAAGUAUAGCCAACGCCAUACAAUCGAUGUUAUCGGAUAAAAGACUAGACAUAGAAAACUGCGUUGGUCAGUGUUACGACGGAGCGAAUGUCAUCAGCGGGGUCCAGGCGAGAAUUAAAAAUUUAGCCCCUCAUGCUACGUACUUCCACUGUGAGGCUGAUCGACUAAAUCUAGUUGUAGUGGAUGUGUUGGGUAACAUUGACAAAGUUAGACUUUUUUCUACAGUUCAAACUCUAUCGAUUCAUUUCCAACACUGCUACUCGCCAUCAGCUUUUUGUAAAAAUACAACAGAGGAUGAAUAAACCACUACUAAAUUUGGAAAGGACUGUAACGUAACAAGAUACUGGUUGAAUGCAGUAUCGAAAAUUCGAAAGACAUGCCAGACCAGUUUAGCUGUUCUAGAUGAAGGAAAAAGGCCAGUGUAGAGAGUAUCGGAAUAAAAGCGCAGGUAAUGCAGGUAAUGCAUUGUUCUAUGGAGAAGAUAUUAGGCGUUACUUAUUGUCACAGCAGUUACAAGCCGAAGAACUUGACUUAGCAACUGCCAUGCAUCUAAUCAAAAGUACCAAAGAAGAACUUAAAAAAUCCAGAACUGACGACACAUACCGCGAGGUUUUAGAAAAGGCUAAAUCUUUGACAGACAGUAGUGGUGUUUUAUUUGACGAGCAAAAAAGGACGAUGACUGUUCCUCAUAGACUCGCUAUAAGCGUAUUAAUGUCAACAACUGGCAAUAAAUAUACCGAAACAAAGGCAUAUACUUCGAAGUUAAAGAUAGCAUUCUCAUGGAACACAAUCGUCGCUUCUCAGAAAAUGAAGGUCUGUUCCCAGUACCGGAUGCCUUUAAGAAAGAAAAUCAAGCAUUCAUGGCGGAAGAGGAAUUAAAGCCAUUAAUAGAAAACUACAAAAAUUUUCUAAAUAUAUAACUUCUACAUCUGCAACUGCCUUUAGCCAAUAACCAUUUACAAACAUGCGAUGAAGACUCCGUUUUGUCACUACUCGAAUCUCUCGGAGUGCUUCUAGUGGCAUACUCAGAAGUGAUUCAUAUUUGUGCUACACUGCCUAUCACCACAGUUGGAAAUGAAACAUUUUUCUCUGUGCUAAAAAGAGUAAAAGGGUAGGUACCUGCGAAGUUCUACUGGUGAUGAAAAAUUGUCCUCACUUAUGUUGAUGGCAGAUGAAAGAAAAGAAACAAAAAUAAUACCACUAGACUAAGUGGUGGAUGAUUUUUGCUGCGAGGAAACUACGACGGUACCCAUUACUACACUAACGUGACAUUGAGUGGUUAUUUUGUUCUAUUCGUAAUAAAUCAUUAGUAUUGUAAUAAAGCUUAAUUUCCUAAUUAUUACAACUAAAUCAUCAUAGUAAUAAAAUUUAUGCAUUUUUUGUAAAUUCCAAUAUUAUAGGGGGGGGGCAAAUGCCCCCUCCUAUCACUAUUAAAUGACGCCCUUGAUUAAAUACUCAUUGAUGUUACGUCAGGAAACGUAGGACUCCCCAUACUGUGGUAAAUCAGAACAUAACAUAAAUACCUAGCACUGAUUUAGUGCCAGAUAUUGAUGUUAUGUUCUGAUUUAUAAUUAUGUAUUUCUGUAUACUUAUACAGCAACUAAACCACUUCCGAAUACAUAAAUAGCAUCUUUAGUGAAGACUUUUAAAUAAAUUUUAUAUUUGAGGGCUUAUAUUUGUAAAUUUUACGGGUUAUAUGUUAUUCAGAUUUUAAUGAUUGUAUUGUUAAUACCUAUAUAUUUUUAUAUAUUAACUAAGUGAUUGUUAAUAAAAAAAUAUUUUUAACUAAAAAAA